UGUAGGGCGAAUGCGUCCAAGAGCGGUUCGAGCGAUUGGAUGUGCGCUGCUGCGAGCUGUCUCUCCCCUAGAUCGAAGAUGGCGGUGUCCGUAUUCCCCGGCGUGCGGCUCCUCUCAAUCGGAGACGCAAACGGCGACAUACAGCGGCAUUCGGAGCAGCAACCUCUACGGCUGGAGGUGAAAACGACCCAGGAUGCGGUCCUGAUAAACCUCUCCAACACAGAAGAGACCUGCGUGUUCAAAUGCUCCAUCUCACCGGACACAGAAUGCAGCCGCGUGGGCAAGCAGUCCUUCAUCGUCACCCUCGGGUGCAACAGUGUACUGCUGCAGUUUCCAUCCCAAACAGAGUUCUCCUCCUUCUACAACCUCCUUAAGAACUGCUGUGGACACCGAGGAGAGCAGUCUGUCUUCAGCGAAAGGACAGAGGAAUCCUCUGCUGUACAGUAUUUCCAGUUCUAUGGCUACCUCUCCCAGCAGCAGAACAUGAUGCAGGAUUAUGUUAGAACUGGAACCUACCAGCGGGCAAUCCUCCAGAAUCACAUAGACUUCAAGGACAAGGUGGUGUUGGAUGUGGGCUGUGGGUCUGGGAUCCUCUCCUUCUUUGCCGCUCAGGCUGGAGCAAGGAAGGUGUACGCUGUGGAGGCCAGUAGCAUGGCCCAGCAUGCAGAGGUGCUAGUGAACAGUAACCGUCUGAAUGACCGGGUGAUCGUGAUCCCUGGGAAGGUGGAGGAGGUGACGCUGCCGGAGCAGGUGGAUGUGAUCAUCUCUGAGCCCAUGGGCUACAUGCUCUUCAAUGAACGCAUGCUGGAGAGCUACCUGCACGCCAAGAAGUUCCUCAAAAACAACGGUAAAAUGUUUCCAACCAUCGGCGAUGUCCACUUGGCGCCCUUCACAGAUGAGCAGUUGUACAUGGAGCAGUUCACCAAGGCCAACUUCUGGUACCAGCCGUCCUUCCAUGGGGUGGAUCUCUCUGCACUCAGAGGGGCAGCCGUGGAUGAGUAUUUCCGCCAGCCCAUUGUGGACACCUUUGACAUCAGGAUCCUAAUGGCAAAGUCUGUAAAAUACACCGUUAACUUCCUGGAGACUAAAGAAGAAGAUUUAUACAAGAUCGAGAUCCCUUUCAAGUUCCACAUGCUCCACUCUGGGCUAGUCCACGGGCUGGCCUUCUGGUUCGACGUGGCGUUCAUGGGAUCUGUGGCGACGGUGUGGCUGUCCACGGCCCCCACGGAGCCCCUCACCCACUGGUACCAGGUGCGCUGCCUGCUGCAGUCGCCCCUCUUCGCCAAAGCUGGAGACACCAUGUCGGGCACUGCCGUGCUCCUGGCAAACAAGAGACAGAGCUAUGACAUCAGCAUUGUGGCACAAGUGGAUCAGACAGGCUCUAAGUCCAGCAACCUGCUGGACCUGAAGAACCCCUUUUUCCGGUAUACAGGCACCGCCCCAGCCCCCCCUCCGGGCUCCCACUACACCUCCCCCUCUGAGAACAUGUGGAAUACAGGGGGUGCCUACAGCGGGAGCCAGGGCAUGGCUGUGUCCGGGAUGCCUGCAGCCUAUGACCUGAGCACAGUCAUCGGCGGUGGUGGUUCCACAGUGUCUCACAACAACCUCAUCCCCCUCGUGAAUACCGGCAUUGUAAACCACACACACUCCAGAAUGGGCUCUAUCAUGAGCACAGGAAUAGUUCAGGGAGCCUCCACUGGCCAGCAAGGUCCCAGCAGCAGCAGCUCUUACUAUCCAGUAACCAACCAGUUCACAAUGGGCGGGCCGGCUAUCUCCAUGGCGUCCCCCAUGGCGAUCCCUAGCAACACCAUGCACUACGGGAGCUAGUGGCCGUCCUGAGGCUCCUGCAUGUCAAGCCUCCCAAAACUGACCACAGCCAAAACCAGAAAACCAAAACCAGUGCUGCCGUCUUUGUGCACCAUCAUCUCUUCUAUCAGCCCCACCCCCUCCCCUUUCUUUUUCUCUCUCUCUCUCUCUUUAUCUUUGGUUUUGUUACAUAUCCGUCCUCUCCAACAGUAGCACCACUCUCAGAUUGAAAGGGUGCUGCUGCCGCCGCCGUCAAUUCUCUCUCAUCCUAUAGCAGCUGCUAAAGAUGUAUUCCCAGUCCAGCCACAGGGUGGCAGCGCUGAUGAGCACAAAACUGAACAGAGACUCAAAAGACGACAAGGCAAGGAUGUGAGUCCGACUGGACCGGGCCACCUUUUUUUUUAUGCUUCUCAGAUGCGGCACUCGCGUACACACCACACACACACACACAUAAAUACAAAUAAAUACACAGUCACACAAGUAAAUAGACUAUUGUAACAAAGAAUACUCCAAGGUAAACGGACUGUAGUCUCAAAGAAGAACUCUUCUCAUCUGGACAUGGAGGGCUUUUAACUGGGAGUCCUUUGCCACUACAAACUUUGCCCAUUGUACAGUGGGCCUCACCUCUACCGUUCUCUCUCUCUCUUUCUUUCUCUGUCAGUCGGUCUGUGUGUGAGUUUGGCCACCAUGAUCUCGCCGUUCAGAGCCUGCUCCUCUCAGCAUGAACUCUACUCUCUGUGUCAAGUCCGUCUCGCUAGUCUCUGGAAGAUUUGUCUUCACUGUGGGUCAUAGGCGCAUGUGCACUAGUGUAAUAACUGUCAGAUAGCCAGAUGCCUUCUGAAGCAUUUCUCAACCUGUCUUUGGGAGAAAAAAGAAAACCUAGCCGGUAGAACCUUCGGAUAGUCCAAACUCCAUUUCCACUUCAAGGUCUGUUUCUUAGUUUUACAGUAGUUAUGGUUGUACAUGUCGACUUGGUGUUCCUAGUGAAGACUCUGUGGAAGGUUAUCAAAACAGCCAUUAUCAAUCUCUCCCGCCACCUCAACCUCAACCAUACAGCCAUGGCUCUUUUUAUCACUGACAAACUCUUGACGUUUUUGCCAACCGUGCUUUUUGGACACCACAGAAACGAGAAGAUUCACUCCCCUUGCCACACCUGCCUGUUGGAAUUGCACUGAGCUAGAAGGGACAGUCAGGAGCAUUAAGGUGGGGUGCAGGGGUGAGGAACGGAAAGCAGACUUGCGGAGAAAGAGUGCUCUGUACAAGUAGAUAAAUUGGACAUUGCAUCUGCGUGGAGGAGGAAGAGGAAGAAAUGAAUGAAUGAAAGAAAGAAAGAAAAAGAACAGAAUCUGAGUUUACAACCCCACGCUGCAUUGUGCAUUGGGAGACUUCUGGCAUCAAGGUCGGGAGAAGUCUGCCCCUAAACCUCCUCCCCCUUCACCAUGUCCCUCAGACCUGUAUCUAGCUCCCUUACACCUGAAGCCCUAUGCCUCCUCCUCCAUGGGUACAUGGACGCCCUCUCUGAGAUGUCAGAAAUGUGUAUGCAUUGCUUCCAGUCACAUAUUUUCAGUUCAUUUUGAUUUAGCACCUUCCUGGAAGUAAACAAAAAACAGUAAUGUCUGUUUGUAGAAUAACCUUUUUUUUUUUUUUUUGUUGUUGGUUAACAUUUUUGUUGGGGUUUUUUUCUUUCACAAAAAGCAACAAACAAACGAGGGGAAAAAAAGAACAAAUUAAAUGUCGUGGGAGAAGUCCCAUAUACAGUC